AUGGCGGCAAGUCAAUCGCCCGCCGUGCCAUCCCUGCAACAAGCCUUGCCCGAACUCGACGAGCUGCUGGCCCCGCUCCAGCAUCAAGCAUCCUACGCAGCCGUCCAGGCAGCAGUGCAGUGGACCUUUGAGGUGUGUCGAGACAACCUGGCGUUGGCCCAACUCAGCGCCCAUCUUGUGGCCUACGUCCCGCAGCACGCCUCCAACGUUGGCGUGCUUUACUACAUUUCCGACGUGCUUCAUCAAUGGAUUGCCUUGGGAUGGGAAGCACCCACCGAGCUACUGAAUGCCUUGCCCAACAUACUCAAGGUGUUAGAGCAAACGGCCCCAGCGGCCGCCUUGAGCCGAUUGACCGCGAUUAAGCGCUUGUGGGAAGACGAUGGAUGGAUCGAGGCGCCCGUUACGGCUGCAGGCCGUGCAACGAGUCAGACUAGCCAGCGGAUCUCCCGCGAUGGCAAGGCGGCCUCCCCACCUCCCAUGACCCCCUACAACCCACCCGAAGAUGCCCCUUAUGACCAACUGCCCGCCGCUCUUAUGAUUAAUCUCAUCCAGGAAGAGGAUCACUACCGAGAGCCAAUCAACACGUCGCGCCUGGCGUUUUCUGCUCUGCCUGCGGACACAAAGGAGCUCACAGAGGCGUUGGAGCGCGUGAUCAACACCUGCGCCCCAGGGCUUUUACCAAGGCAUGCCAUCUGCACACAGAGCUUUUUUGAAGCCAAUUCAGAGAAGCGCAAUAUCGAGGGCUGGCGUGCCGGUGCUCUCGAUCGGCAUUUCAAGCCAACAAGGGUUGUCUGCCCCAUUGGCACCUCACCGUCGAAGCGAAGCAGCAGUGCUCACGAGUCUUGGCGCUGUGGGCGAAGGGAGAAGGUAGCAAAGCACUUGGGCCAAAGGCGAAAGGCGAAGAGUGCCGUGUAG